GCAGUGCGUCUAUAAAACGCGGUAAGAUCUCUCACCAGCCCCUCCGAACGGAGAAGAAAAACACCAACAAUAAAGUUGGAAAAAAAGAAGAAGAAGAAGAAUAAAAAAUGGCGAGUGGCGGUGCUGCUGCUGGUGGUGGUGGAAAAGUGUCGUUCAAAGUUACGCUCACCUCCGAUCCAAAACUCCCUUUCAAAGUAUUUAGCGUACCGGAAGCAGCCCCGUUCACGGCCGUUUUGAAAUUCGCUGCCGAGGAAUUCAAAGUUCCUCCCCAAACCAGCGCUAUCAUUACCAACGAUGGAGUGGGAAUCAAUCCUCAACAAAGUGCAGGUAACACAGUAGCUUUUAUUAUCAUCCCAAUAGCAAGUGAUCAGAUUUCUGUUAAGGCAAUGUCUUCCUUAAACAUGGUACUGAACUGCGCUUGAUCCCCCGUGAUAGAGUUGGAGCUUUUGAAUGUUGAAAACAGGAUCAUCAUCAGACAUAAAAAGUGGUUUAUCUUUUUGCUGAAUCUGUGAUUGUUUUCUUCUGUGCCAAUUCUAUAAGUUGGGUUGAUAGUUGCUUCCUGCGCAUUAUAUUACUGAUAUGAUGAUCAAUAUGAAUUGAGAUGAAAGGUAGCUGCAACACAUGGUCUUUGAGUUAAUCAUAAUGGAAAGGUCGCAUUGCCCUUUUUCUUA